AUGGGAGAACUUCUAUCGGUGCUCUUGUUUUACUUGAGCAAACAAGUAAAUUAUGCUACAGAUACCAUUAUUGGAAACUAUUUUGAUUCCGAGAAAGAUAUUGUUUUAAUCACUGGAGGUUCCUCUGGCCUCGGGAAUGAAAUAGUGAAGAAGUUUGCAUCCAAGAAUGCUAAAGUCGUCGUAUUUGACAUUGUUGCACCAAAUGAAAGGAGCCGAAUAGAGGGUGUACACUAUUAUGUUUGCGAUGUUAGCUGCAGAAAGCAAAUUAUCGAAUGUCAAAAAAAGGUGAAGGAUGAUCUUGGUUGUGUUACAAUACUAAUCAAUAAUGCUGGAAUUGCCUCUGGAAAGGCAUUACUUGAUUUGAGCUACUUAGAAAUUGAGAAAACUAUCCAAAUAAAUCUUCUCUCUAGUUUUUAUACGAUCAAAACAUUCUUACCAGAAAUGCUUCAAAUGCACAGAGGGUAUAUAGUCACAAUUGCUUCCGUUCUUGGAUAUAUGUCACCAGCUAGGCUCAGCGCAUAUGGAGCUUCAAAAUCAGGUCUUAUAGCCUUACACGAAUCUCUCACAUAUGAGUUAGGGUCUCCAUCAUUUAAUACUACAGGUGUCAAAACAUUAUUAAUUUGUCCUGGUCAGCUAAAGACAAGAUUGUUCCAAGGCGUCAAGACACCAUCGUCAUUUCUAGCUCCAGAGCUAGACCCCGUAUACGUCGCUUCAAGUGUAUUUUCAGCAGUAAGGUUUGGAAGGAGAGGUGAAAUAAGGUUGCCAUUUUAUGGAAACUUUUUGCCGAUAUUUAGAGCACUUCCUUGGCCAAUAGUUGAAUUGGCAAGACGAUUUUCUGGUAUUGACAGAAGUAUGAGAUCAUUCAAGGAAACUAUGACUAAAGUUGCAAGUAAAGCAAACUCCGUUGCAUCGUCCCUACAUCCCACUAGACAUAACUCCGAGGCGGCAUCUUUACUGAGCGAGAAAAGAAUCGAAUAG